GAUCAGUGUCGAAUCGUGGACCUGAGCGGCUUAGGAAAGCUUGUCUUCUUAGCCUGCUCGCUGCCGCUCCUCGCCGUGAGCUAAUUGCUUUUUUUUGGAGCUUCACAGCUUGCCACCUGCAUACACCAACAAGGAUUGGCAGGGAGAAGCACGUUGCCAGCUCGUCGGCUGCGUGGUGCGGUGAACUGUCUCUGCCUUAUUAAAGACCGCUCCUUUCUCGCCAGUUUCAGCUUACGCAGCCCCCUCCCGUCCCUUCCUCUGGCGAGCCUUUCUCCCACCCUCUGCAAUCGACUGUGAAACCAACCACUGCGUGGCCAACAUUCUUCUACUUUUACCUACGGCCUCACUAUCAGUAUGGUGCAUCUUUCAGGCGUCCCUACGGACAAGCAAGUCCACAGCGAGACCGCACAGGCGAUCAACAACAUUCAAUUCCCCUCCCUUGAUGAAGACACCUUCACGGCCUCGGUCUAUGGCUCCAAGUUUGCCGCCCAAGACCUGCCCAAACAUGAGAUGCCCGAGAACGAGAUGCCCAAGGAAAUUGCGUACAGAAUGAUCAAGGAUGACCUGACGCUGGAUGGUACUCCAACGCUCAACCUUGCCUCCUUUGUUACGACAUAUAUGGAAGACGAGGCUGAGAAGCUCAUGGUUGACGCCUUCCCCAAAAACUUUAUCGAUUACGAAGAGUACCCGGUGUCUGCAGAUAUCCAAAACCGCUGUGUUUCCAUGAUCGCUCGUCUCUUCAAUGCCCCCACCCAUGACGACAGUUGCACCGCCGUCGGUACAUCUACCAUUGGCAGCUCCGAAGCCAUCAUGCUGGGUGUUUUGGCCAUGAAAAAACGGUGGGCGAACAAGCGAAAGGCCGAAGGCAAGCCUUUUGACAAGCCAAACAUCGUCAUGAACUCAGCCGUGCAGGUCUGUUGGGAAAAGGCGGCUCGGUACUUCGAUGUUGAGGAGAAGUAUGUCUUCUGUACAGAGGACAGAUACGUCAUCGACCCUGAAGAGUGCGUAAAUCUUGUCGACGAGAAUACAAUUGGCAUCUGUGCCAUUGUGGGAACGACGUAUACUGGUGAAUACGAAGAUGUAAAGGCGAUAAAUGAUCUUUUGAUAAAGAAAAAGAUCGAUUGCCCAAUCCACGUCGAUGCUGCCUCUGGUGGAUUCGUCGCUCCUUUCGUGAAUCCCUCCUACGUCUGGGACUUCCGUCUGGAGAAGGUCGUUUCGAUCAACGUGUCUGGCCACAAAUACGGACUGGUCUAUCCUGGCGUCGGUUGGGUCAUCUGGCGCGAUCCGGAGUAUUUGCCUCAGGAGUUAGUCUUCAACAUCAACUACCUCGGUGCAGACCAGGCGUCCUUCACGUUGAAUUUCUCCCGUGGUGCCUCGCAGAUUAUCGGGCAGUACUACCAAUUGAUACGUCUCGGAAAGAAGGGAUAUCGCGCAAUCAUGAUGAAUUUGACCCGGACGGCUGAUUACCUCUCCGCGAAUCUUGAGGCCCUCGGCAUGAAGAUUCUGUCAAAAAAAUCGGGUGCAGGUUUGCCCCUUGUUGCUUUCAGACUCCCGGAAGGCAAACUGUACGACGAAUUUGCGCUUGCGCAUCAGUUGAGGGAGCGAGGCUGGGUUGUACCUGCUUAUACCAUGGCUCCUCAUUCUGAGAAGCUUAAGCUCAUGCGUGUCGUGGUCAGGGAGGACUUCAGCAAGUCCCGCUGUGAUGCACUGAUCUGCGACAUCAAAUUCGCAAUCCAGACCUUGGACCGCUUGGACGAAGAGAAGGUCAAGGCACAUGAAGAGCAUAUCCAGCGAAUGAUUAUGAGCAAAUGGGAGAGCGCCGCCCGGCGCAACAGUCGGAGGAUGAGUACCUUUUACGGGGAUGAAGACCACAGCUUGCAAGGGCAGCAUGGAAAAACCCAUGCGGUCUGCUAAUGCAGUCUGCUCGACAUGCGGCGCGACGGCCCGAAUGUACAUCCGAGGCCGUUUGUCUUCAGUCUUUCAUCUUUGCCGUCUUUUCCUAAGUGCGUUUAAGCGUGACGACCGAGGCUCUCUUUUUUACAUCCAUAAGGCUGACUCGAUGACUCGUGAAACCCCCUACUUUUCGCGGCCCGAAAACCUGUAUCCGAGUCUGUCACAACCUUGCCGAAGCUCAGAUACACAUUAUACUUAAAAUGAAAUGACAUGGGAUUCAAUUCCGGGCUUAUGCCAUGUGUUCGGCAAGAACGUGACUUCGGUUCAUCGGCUCAAUAUUCCUUGUUCCCCGACAAGACAGAACCCUGUCACGAUGUUUAAGAUCCCCGCCUAGACCGAGCAAAAACUAAAUCGGAAGAUUUCCAGAACGUUUCGAGAUCGAUGUAGGGAUGCUCUGACAUUUCGAAUCAUGUAUGAUGUACGUCAAUGUGUGAUCUACCUGUGUGGUUUGACGUUUCAUCCUCGCCUCACCCGUAAACACGGAAGCCUUACAGCCUUUUGGAUUUCGAGCCAGGAACAUCAUUGUGAAACAAAAGGAACCCCAUCGUAGGAUGAACCAACAACGCCAGAAUCUAUAGCAGACUAUCCUCGGUAUGCCGAAUCCACCAGAGUUGACCAAGCCACCAUCCCAUUUUUGUCAUCCAUUGAAUGCCCUACGUUCGAAAUUUCCAUCAUAUCACGGUUAUAAAACAAUCGUAAACCUAGUUGUCCUGCUCGCUAAAAAAAAAAAAAACCCUAAAACACACAAGGGGAAAAAAACAAUGUUUACCACAAAGCCCUGAUUCUAAAACGUUGGCACAGGGAGGGGAAGGAGAAAAAGGCGCGUCCUGACGCGCAACCGAUCCCCAUGUCAUUAGCAAUAUUGGGACUCCUGUACGAAGGCAAUUUACAACCAGAUCAUAAGCGAGCACGCUCUGGGCUUUUCAGCAGCUCGCUAAUGAACCGGUUAAGACGUUCGUCAAUGAAGCCGUAAGGAAAUUGGUAUCCAGAGCAUGUACUUUUUUUUUUCUUCUCUUCCCUUUUUCGGUUAACAAAAUCCCGCCGACGAG